UCUAGUAAUUUUUGCCCAUGGAACAACGACAUCAACAAAUCUAUAGUCUUAAUCUAGAUCAAUUAAUAUUUAAAUUAUCAUCUUACUAAAUUAUCAAGCUUACUGAGAAUGUCUUGGCUAGUAACAGCAGUGCAAAGGAACUAUAUACGAAUUCUUUUUCCUAUUACAGUUAUCCUGCUGUUUAUUUGUCUUUAUCUUCUUUACACCACUGAACAGUUUCCAGGAGGUGCAGAUCUUUGUGUUGUUGCCAAGGACAGGUUAUCUGUUGAUAAAGAAAAUCAUAAAAAUGCCACAAAGCAGUGGUGGGAGUGGGCUUGUCUCUUAGAAAUAGAAUUUGACAAGCAGCAUGAGUACACCUGUCAAGAUGAAAGGUUAAUUGGAAAUUAUCAUAUUUGCUUUGAUGAAGCCUACAAACCAACACCACCUUGUUUGGUAUAUUCUUUCGGAAUUGAUAAUGAUUUCCGUUUUGAUGAUAAAAUGGCUGAGCUAGGCUGUGAAGUUUAUUCAUUUGAUCCCAGCAUGAAUGUAGAAGACCACAAGCGCUCAGAAAGAGUUCAUUUUUUUAAUAUUGGUUUAUCAACAAAAGAUGAUGAUAACUUUGUGCCAAAAAUGGAUGGCUACACUAUACAUUCCACUAAACGUUGGAGAACACGUACUUUGACUUCCCUCAAAAAAAUGUUGGGCCACGAGCAUAGAGCAAUUGAUAUUCUAAAGAUGGAUGUGGAAACCUAUGAAUGGGUUAUAAUGCCAGAAUUGUUAAAGAAUGGAUCCAUGAAGUCUGUCAGGCAACUAACCUUAGAAUGGCACAUUUUUCCUAAUGAACCAAUGAGAACAGAAUUUCACAACAUGUAUGGAACUUACUUAGAUCUGAAAAAAGUAGGAUUUAGACAAUUUUAUUUGAGCUAUUGGGCCAGAUAUCAUAAUUUGCAGUACUUUAAUUCACAAAAUGAUAAUUCUUUAGUGAACGAACUUUUUAAUGCUCAGGCAUUCUAUCAAAGUAAAUAAAAUUUUCCAUUAUACUUUGAAAAAUUCCAGAAUUAGUACAAAGUUUGUCAACUAAGUAGAUUGUUUCUAAACUAUGCUUUAAUAACAUAGUGAACUUUCAAGUACGAAGUAUUGAGGUUAAAACAACUAUAUAUAUCUAAAAAAAGUAAUUAAAAAUUAAAAGUUGUAUGUGUGUAUCAUGCUAAAUUAAACUGGUUUUUUUUUUUGUGUGGAGAAAGGUCAUGUUGAUUGAACUUGUUAAGAACUAAAUGUGUUCUUUAUUCAACUUGCCAAUGAAAUAAUUCUACUAGCACAGUAAUACACUACAUUAGUAUAAUUCAUGAGAGUAGCUGCUAUGUUAGACUUGAGUAUUCAGAUUUUCUGUUUUCUUUAUUUUUUUACCUAUGUCACUGGACUGUGAAAUUGUUCAGUACAUCAUAUAAUUUUGAUGAGCUAUUAUAUAUAAUAUUCUUUUUCUCAGUUUUAUUUUAUGUAAAUAAUGUGUGAUAUAUUUAUUUCACAAGGAAACAUUUUUAUGGGGUUGGUCACAACAUGCAACACACAUCAUCACACAUUUGUAUGUAGCACACUUUUUAAAAAUGACACACACUUUGGUCAACAAUUGGAAGAGAUUAAACAUGGACUUGACUUAAAAUGGUUACGGCUCUGAGGUUUUAAGUAACCAGACUUGAUGGCCAUGUUUACCAAAAAUAAAUAAUUUUCUGAUUUUUAAAUUGUUUUUUUACUGGAAGUACCUUUUAAAUUUUAAAAUGCUAUCAUUCCUAUUAUGCAACUUAAAUUAAAAGGCACAAUAAGAUGGGAUUUUUGUGAGUGCAUUUCUUGUGAUAUUAUUUACACAAAAUCAAUCGGAUUGAUCUUGUUAACACAAUUUUUAUCGAGCAAUAUAUUCAGUUUUAUUGUAUUAAAUCCAAUUUUGUAGAAUCUCAUGGUUUCAGAGUAUUAUUAUUGUAAAUCCGGUUCCCUAGAAUCCUUAAGUACCAGCAGUUUGUAAUGUAACUUAAAAUCUCAACAUUUUAUCUUUUUACUAUUUUUAAUGUUUCAUUGUUUGCAGUGUUGGUUAUUUUAUUUUAAAUUGCACUGAACAUUAAUGUUCUGGUUCAGCUUUCUCUUUUUGUAUAGGCACAAUGAAUCUUGAAUUUAUUCACUUAAAUUAAUGUUGUAACAUUUCAUGGGUUAAAUAAAAAUGUAUGGAUGGCCUAUCAUUGAUUAUUUGACAAUGCCUUGUCCAAUUUCUAUGUCAAAUGCAUAUUAGUAAAAUAGUUAAAUGAUGUAAACAAAACUUAAAAAUUUCUGUGCUUAAAAAACAACUUAUAUUGGAGCUGUUUUACAUACUUUAUUUGUGCUCCUACCUUUCUCACUAGAAUGCAAAUAUUCCAUUGUUAGAAAUUCAGUAUGGCAGCUUAUUUUAUUGUGUGUAUUUAUGGCUUCAGCUUUUUCAGAAGCUUGUAUUUAACAUGCUUUUUCCUCAUCUGUGUGGUCAUGGGGGGAAACUUGUGGUGAAAUUUCACCCACUUUUUCACAGUAAUUUGUUUUAAACUUGACAUUCAUAUAUCAGGUCAAGAUCUAAUGACAGUGCAAUAUGGCAGGAAUUUUGACACAAUUAAGUCUAGUUAGUUUUUAAGUUAUCAAUUAACAAUUGCCAAAUAGUUUUGGUAAUAAAUGUGUUAAAACUUCUAUAACAAACUUUUAUAUGUGAAUUAAAAAAAAUGAUUUUUCUGAAAAUAUAAUAAUGCAUUACUAUUUAAUUAAAGUGUCAGCAGCUCAUUAGAGGUUCGUACAAGUAUUAAGUAGCUAACAUAUAUUAUUACCAUCCAUGUUUAGCAGUAUAUGAGUAUUUAUGAAUUUAUAUACAAGGAGAUAUGCAGUAUAUAUUUGGUUGUUUGUAGGCCUAGUUUAUAUUACAUUUGCUUUUCAUAACACAAGAUAGGGACCCCAGUUUUUUUUUAAAGUAAAUAGUGCUGCAUUAUUAUAAUUAAAUUAUAUUUAGUGCACAUAAUAAAAGCUUAUAAAAUUUUUUUGUUUUUAUCUUCUAGAAUUCCUCUAGCUCUGCUAUUUUUAAAUUUGUGCUUGACUCAAUAACUGUUUCACCUUUUGUUUUAAAAAUGACAUUUUUCCUAAUAAUCAAAUUUUUUUUGCUUAUUAACAAAAUAAUUUCAAUGCACAUUAUUUCAAGUAUAGGCAUUUAAAACACAUGCAGUAUAUUAAUUUAUUGUUUGUGAUAAUUGUUUUUCAAGACUGCUAUCACCUAUGUAAUACAUGUUAAAAUUCUAUAUACAUGUACAAUGCAAUAAAUGUCAAUGCUUGGCUUGUUGAACAUUAAAAACAAAUAUAUUCCUGUAUAAUCCUCAUACAUUUUUAAAACUUAAUACUCCCCUUUAUAAUUAUUUUUAGCUUACAGCUUGAAAUACUCUGUGAAGAUGGUUCAUGUACUCUUCGUAUGUCUGCUGUAUUUUAAAUGUGUUUUUAAAGAUUUUUUUUAUAUUUGUUACAAUGUUCACAUUUUUCUUCUUA